UUGGCGACUCGGGAAGGAGACGCGAGGAAAAGUCGAAUAAGAGGGCGAGACGUCAGACCCGAGAUUUGGGGAAGGGCAGGGGAGGAGGUGAGGGCGGGGACGGACACACAGACACAGGCUCAGACACGGAUCCACGGAUCCACACCCCCCGCACGGCACCUUAAGUGUCCCCAACUUUAGGCCGCCUGAGCCCAGGGCGCCGCCAAGGCCAGGGGUGGGGGUAGUGGGGGAGUUAUGGGAGUAGGCAGAGUGAGAUAAAAAGAGGGGAGAAGAAAGAGUGAACUGAGCAGAAAGGGGAGAAGAGAGAAGGAAUAGAGAGAACGGAAAAGCAGGAGAGGGAAGAGAGUUUCCGAGAGUCCAGGAGAGUGAAAGAGCCCGAAGGAGCGGAAGCGAUCCUAGGGGCAAGAGGAGCGCAGAGAGGGAGGGAAGAGGAAGGGCGAGGAGGGGGAGUGAAAAUAGAGGAGGGCGAAGGAAGCGAGGCGCGACACUGCUCGGGGAGAGGAGGGCACUGAGGAGCGAGGCGCGGGCAGAGGCUGCUCCGGCUGGCAAGAGGAGGGAGCGCGGCGCAGAGAGAGGAGGGGCUUGCGGGCCCGUAGAAAUGUCAAUCAGAGCCCGGAGCCCCGGGAAUCUCCGCCAAUCUGUUCGGACCUGACCUGGCUCCUCGCCGCCGCCACCGCCGCCGCCGCCGCCGCCGCCGCCGCGGAGCAGAUCAAUAGGCGAACGCGGAGCGCAGCUCAGCGCGGGAGGCAGCGCGGCCCCAGCCCGGCCCAGCCCCCGAUGCGCGCCGGAGCCCGCGGGCGGCGCUGAGCAGGGUGGCCCCGGGGGCCGGGCCCCCUCUCCGUCCGUGCCCCGCGGGCCAUCAUGUCCUUCCCCCAGCUCGGAUACCAGUACAUCCGCCCGCUCUACCCACCCGAGCGCCCGGGGGCCGCCAGCGGCGGCGGCAACGCUGGGGCCCGGGGCGGCCCAGGAGCCGGAGCCUCGGAGCUGGCCGCCUCGGGGUCCCUGUCCAACGUGCUCUCCUCUGUGUACGGGGCGCCCUAUGCCGCGGCGGCAGCGGCUGCCGCAGCCGCCCAAGGCUACGGUGCCUUUCUGCCCUACGCCGCCGAGCUGCCCAUCUUCCCGCAGCUGGGCGCGCAGUACGAGCUGAAAGACAGCCCGGGGGUGCAGCAUCCGGCCGCGGCCGCCGCGUUUCCGCACCCGCACCCGGCCUUCUACCCGUAUGGCCAGUACCAGUUCGGGGACCCGUCCCGUCCCAAGAACGCCACCCGGGAAAGCACUAGCACGCUCAAGGCCUGGCUCAACGAGCACCGCAAGAACCCCUACCCCACCAAGGGCGAGAAGAUCAUGUUGGCCAUCAUCACCAAGAUGACCCUCACCCAGGUGUCCACCUGGUUCGCCAACGCGCGCCGGCGCCUCAAGAAAGAGAACAAGAUGACUUGGGCGCCCCGCAGCCGCACCGACGAGGAGGGCAACGCCUACGGGAGCGAGCGCGAGGAGGAAGACGAGGAGGAGGACGAAGAAGACAGCAAACGCGAGCUGGAGCUGGAGGAGGAGGAGCUCGUGGGGGAGGAGGAGGACACGGGGGGCGAGGGCCUGGCGGACGACGACGAGGACGAGGAGAUCGAUUUGGAGAACUUAGACGGCGCGGCCACGGGGCCUGAGCUCGCCUUGGCUGGGGCGGCGCACAGGGACGGCGACCUCGGCCUGAGACCCAUUUCAGACUCCAAGAAUAGCGACUCGGACGACAGCUCGGAGGGCCUGGAGGAGCGUCCACUGCCGGUGUUGAGUCUGGCCCCAGCGCCACCGCCGGUGGCCGCGGUUCCGCCUUCUCCACCCUCUCCGCCUGCGGGCCUGGACCCCUGCGCUCCGGCGCCAGCGCCCGCCUCAGCCCUGCAGAAGCCCAAGAUCUGGUCCCUGGCCGAGACGGCCACAAGCCCGGACAACCCGCGCCCCUCGCCUCCCGGCGCCGGGGGUUCUCCCCCUGGAGCCGCCGUCGCGCCCCCAGCCCUGCAGCUCUCUCCAGCCGCCGCGGCCGCCGCGGCCCACAGACUCGUCUCGGCGCCUCUGAGCAAGUUCCCCGCUUGGACCAACCGGCCGUUCCCAGGCCCGCCGCCGGGGCCCCGCCCGCACCCGCUCUCCCUGCUCGGCUCGGCCCCUCCACACCUGCUGGGACUUCCCGGAGCCGCGGGCCACCCGGCCGCCGCCGCCGCCGCCUUCGCUCGACCGGCAGAGCCCGAGGGCGGAACAGAUCGCUGUAGUGCCUUGGAAGUGGAGAAAAAGUUACUCAAGACAGCUUUCCAGCCCGUGCCCAGGCGGCCCCAGAACCACCUGGAUGCCGCUCUGGUCCUCUCGGCUCUCUCCUCGUCUUAGUACUUAUUUUUUAAAAAUUUUAAAUCGUUGUAAUAAUUGUAAAAAAAAAAAAAAAUUGCUCUGUAUAGUUAUGACUUGUAAGCAUGUCCGUGUAUGAAUACCUUAAAAAAAAACUAAACAAAAAAAGAAAAAGAAAAAGAAAAAAUGAAAUAAAGCAAGUCCCCCCUGAGUCCUCCCCAAGUGGCUUCUGUACCCCACAUUAGCUGAGUUUGUGAGGGGUUUUUUUUUUUUUUUUGGUUUGGUUGAUUUUGGGGGGUGGAGUUUCCGUGAGAAUAAGCGUGUCUGACUUUUUUUGUAUAUACAGCAAAAUGUACAUAUGUGUGAACCAAAUUGUACAAGAAAGUAUCUAUUUUUGGCUAAAUAAAUGAGCUGUUGCCACUUUGA